AUGCUGCAAACUACUCAAAAGACCGCCUCUGUUGUCACUCCCGUGCAUGCCAAAGACUCCGAUGGCACUGUUACCAAACCGAACACUUCGGGGCAACACGCUGAAGAUCUCAAGCCCGAGGUCUCGUCCCAUGACAUGGGGACCGAGGCCAGACCCACCAGAGAGUCGACUAGGAACUUUGACACCAAGACGGAUAAAUCCCAAGAUGAGGAACGAAAGUUGUUUGUGGGGAUGCUGAGCAAACAGCAGAACGAGGAUGACGUGCGACGGCUUUUUGAGCCGUUUGGGACAAUUGAAGAGUGCACGAUUUUGCGGGAUCAAGCAGGCAACAGCAAAGGCUGCGCUUUCGUGAAAUUCUCCAGUCAAACCGAGGCCCAGUCCGCCAUCGUCGCUUUGCACGGAAGUCAAACCAUGGCUGUACGUUGGUUCCCUUCCCUUGUGGGCAUUCCUCUCUUCAUUCCACACCACCACAAGUCGCUUCUAGGCGCGUCGUCGAGCAUAGUGGUGAAGUUUGCCGACACCGAGAAGGAGCGACACUCAAGGAAGCUGCAGCAGCUGAUCGGUCCUCUGGGGGUGUUCAAUCCGGCACUGGCGCUCUCCCAACUGGGAAACACCGCCUACACACAAAUCCUAGAGAAUCUCUCUCAAACGACAGGAUACAUCAACCCAGUCGCGGCGUUGGCGCUUCAGCUGCAGCAAGUGCAACAGUUGGCUGCCGCGAAUGGACAAGCUGCUGUGGCAGCAGCAGCCGCCGCCAACCCGGCGGCUUUGACGGGUCUGGGUUUGAACCCUGCGACUGGCCUGCCUCUGUUCCCCCCGGGCCCGGGUAGCACCCACUCCCACCACCACCACCCGCACCCUCACGCACACCCCCACCUUCAAGCGCCGGGUCUGGCGGCGAUGGGGGCGGCUUCACCGAAUGGCGCCGGCGGUGUUAGCCACGCGCAAAGCUCCAACGCAAACAACGCACCUCCAAUCACAGUCGCGACCGCCGCAAAUGGUGCCAACCAAUCAGGCACGACUGCGACUCCGGGCCCACCAAUUAGUUUGUGCAACGGUGGUGCGGCUGCGCUCAGUGCUGCAUUGGCCGCCAAUCAACAAAACAAUAUGGCGAUCGCAGCCGCAGCAUUAGUGGCCGGAGCCGGAUUAAAUGGGCCAGCGCCUGGGAUCAAUCUGAGCUCCCUGGCUUCCCCCAUACCCGCCCUGGCAACCGACCCCCUCUCGCACCUCUACAACCACUACGCUCACUACGGCCUAUCUCCUUAUGGCCAAGGGGCGCCUGCUCCAUUGCCUCAAAUAGCCUCAUUGGCACAACAGGCCCUAAAUUUACCAGUUCAGCAAAAGGAAGGUUCCCGGGAUCUAAUCCUUACGGGUCCGGAGGGCUGCAACCUGUUCAUAUAUCAUCUGCCGCAGGAGUUUGGCGACCCCGAGCUGGCUCAAAUGUUUAUGCCCUUUGGCACGGUCAUUAGUGCCAAAGUCUACGUCGAUAGAGCCACGAGCCAAAGCAAGUGCUUCGGCUUUGUGAGUUUUGAUAAUCCCGCAAACGCAUUAGCCGCAAUUCAAGCCAUGAAUGGAUUCCAAAUAGGCAUGAAGCGACUCAAGGUGCAGCUUAAGCGUCCCAAAAACGACUCUUCAAAGCCGUACUAA